ACAGUAAUUUAAAACCUCCUUCUUCUCCGCCUCUUGGAGCUGACUUACGUUAAAUAUUAACAAACUUGGUUCAUCAAUUCCCUGGUUCACUUGGCUUCUUUUAACAACAGACGUUACUACAACAACUCUGUCUGCCUCCCUGCUUCUGUCAGCACAGCCAAUGGUGAAACACAAGAAUCUGCAGCUGUAACUCUGCCUGCAGAGCCUGGCUGCUGCCCCAGUCCUAUAGUCAUCCCUAACUUUCUUCCUGAGAUCACAAAUGCAUCCCACCUUUGGCGUCUUUGAGUAGUUUGUACUGAGAGACACUUGUUGCAGAGAGGCUUUAGUUAAAGGAGACUGAAGGAAAGGUGUGAGUGAGCCCACAGGAAGGUGAGUUCCUCUUGUCAGAGGAGGAAGCAGUGAGCAUGGCCAGCAACCCCAGUGCACUGCCCCGGGUAACCUUCCAGACACCGGAGAAACCUGGGGAGGAAUCAUCACACAGGAAACUGGGCAAGUUGACCAUAAAGUAUAACCGCAAAGACCUACAGCGCUGGCUAGACCUGGAGGAAUGGAUCAAUGCCCAGCUGCAGGAGCUAUACCAAUGCCGGCUAAGGGAAGAAACAGAGACAGCAGCUCCUGAACCACAAAUUGAUCUUGAAGAUCUCCUGGAGGUCCCUAAUGAAGAACAGAAAUUAAAACUACAGGAAAUCCUCCAUGAGUGCUCCAGCCCUACAGAGGACUUCAUUACGGAAUUGCUUAGUCGAUUGAAAGGUCUCCGGAGAGUCACCAAUCCUCAGAAGAAAUGACCUUGCUCACAUGGAACACCCAGCUUUGGUCACAAGGAAACGUGUGUCUUCUCUACAAAAACCAGGAUCA